AUCAAUUUCAAUUUUAUUGAGUUGCGUACCGAUUAUGAUUAAACUAUAAUUCUUGUUUUGGCCCACAAAGCCAUCUUAUAUAAACCCUUCGUUCCUCCAUCCAUUUCCACAAGAUUAAUCUUCUAUUCUCCAUUUUCUAGUGACCAAUAUGGAGAAAACACAAAGAAUUUAUCUUCUUUUUCUAUCGCUUUUAUCCAUAGCCACAAUGUCACAUUGUCGUGUGUUGCUUCAUGUUGACCCACAAUCUGAUGUUGGCGGACCUCAAAUGGUCAUUCCACCCCCUCCGCCACACCAUCAUCUUGAUUCCGAUGUUGGUGGCCCUCAAAUGGUCAUCCCACCACCUCCACCGCACAAACAUCCACAAUCUGAUGUUGGCGGGCCUCAACUGGUCAUCCCACCCCCUCCUCCACACCAUCAUCUUGAUUCUGACAUAGGUGGCCUGCAAAUGAUCAUUCCACUCCCUCCACCACACCAUCAUUUUGAUUCAGACGUUGGUGGACCACAGAUGGUCAUUCCACCACCUCCACCACACCAUCAUCUUGAUUCCGAUGUUGGCGGCCCUCAAAUGGUUAUCCCUCCUCCUCCACCGCACAAAAGCUUCCACAAUCCGAUGUUGGUGGCCCUCAAUUGGUCAUUCACACCCCCUCCUCCACACCCAUCAUCUUAA